CAGGACCGGACGAAGCCCAGACCAGGCCCGGACAAGUCCCGAACCAGGACUAGCCCAGGCCCGAGCCAGACCCAUCCCGGUGAGGGAUGGCGGAGCGGGAGCAGGCCGCCCGGCCGCUGCUCACCGACCUUUACCAGGUGACCAUGGCCUACGGCUACUGGCGGGCCGGCCGGGCCCAAGAGCAGGCCCACUUCGACCUCUUCUUCCGCCGGUGUCCGUUCGGCGGCGGCUUCGCCCUGGCCGCGGGGCUGCGGGAUUGCCUGCGCUUCCUUCGACGCUUCCGCCUCCGGGACCCAGAUAUAGAUUACCUGGCUUCCGUAUUGCCCCCCGACACGGACCCCGCUUUCUUCGACUACCUGCGCGGACUGGACACCUCGGGGGUGACCGUGUGGGCCCUGCCUGAAGGCUCCGUGGCCUUCCCCAUGGUGCCGUUGCUGCAGGUCUCUGGCCCCCUGCCCGUGGUCCAGCUCCUGGAGACCACUCUUCUCUGCCUGGUCAACUACGCCAGCCUCGUGGCCACCAACGCGGCUCGGCUGAGGCUCAUCGCCGGCCCGGAGAAGCGGCUGCUGGAGAUGGGCCUGCGGCGGGCGCAGGGCCCCGACGGGGGGCUUUCGGCCUCCAUCUACAGCUACCUGGGCGGCUUCGAUGCAACCAGCAACGUGCUGGCAGGACAGCUGUGCGGUAUACCUGUAGCGGGCACCUUGGCACACUCCUUCGUCACUUCCUUCUCCGGCCAGGAGCAGCUACCGACUGGGGCACUGGCCCCGGGGGACUUGUCCGCCCAGGCGGAGACCUGGCUGACCCGCGUGUGUGAGCACCUGGGGCGACAGGUGAAGGAUGCCCACCCUGGGGAGCGGGCGGCCUUUGUGGCCUAUGCCCUGGCCUUUCCCCGGGCUUUCCAGGGGCUGUUGGACUCCUACAGCGUCAUGAGGAGCGGUCUUCCCAACUUCCUGGCAGUGGCGCUGGCCCUGGCGGAUUUGGGAUACCGGGCGAUUGGUGUGCGCCUGGACAGCGGGGACCUGAUCGGGCAAGCUCAGGAGAUCCGCAGGGUCUUCCAGAACUGUGCCGCCCAUUUCCAGGUGCCCUGGCUGGAGUUUAUCUCCAUCGCUGUGAGCAACAAUGUCGACGAGGCACUCUUGGCCCAGCUGGCUCAGAAGGGCAGCGAGGUGAAUCUCAUCGGCAUUGGCACCAACGUGGUCACCUGCCCGCUGCAGCCCUCACUGGGCUGCGUCUACAAGCUGGUAACAGUGGGUGGGCAGCCCAGGCUGAAGCUCAGUGAGGAGGAGGAAAAGCGGACCCUCCCGGGGUGCAAGGCUGCCUAUCGGCUGGGAGGCCCCGACGGUGCCCUGCUGAUGGACCUGUUGACGUUGGCAGAGGAGCCGCCCCCGCAGGCAGGGCAGGAGCUGCGGGUGUGGCCCCUGGGGUCCGGCCAGGAGAGCCGGACCCUGACCCCAGCCACCGUGGAGACGCUUCAUCGCCUUUACUUCCAGCGGGGCCAGGAGUGUGAAUCCCUGCCCACUCUGACCGAGGCCCGUGCCUUAGCCCAGGAGUCUCUGAGUCGCCUCAGCUCGGCCCACAAACGGCGAGAAGCCCCCGAACCUUACCAGGUUGCCCUGUCAGAGAAGCUGCACGCCCUUUUGGAGAGUCUUUGCCGGAGCAGCCGGGGCCUGUGAGCAAACACGCCAGGGACCCAGGCUCCUCACUCCUGGCUGCUGCUGCUGCUGUGUUUUGGGGUGUCAUCUCCCAGGUCAUCAUCAGGACUGUGAGCCCACUGUUGGGUAGGGACCGUCUCUAUAUGUUGCCAUCUUGUA